UUCAGUUUCUUUUGCGUGAAGUGUCAUCCACUUUCGAUUUUCUUGAUGUGUUUACAUCAAUUUUCACCUGUCUAUUUUUUACAUACCGUUCGAUUAUCAAUCUCGGGAGAAGUGUAUAAAUUUAAUUUGAAACACAACAAUACCUAAAGGUGCAUGUUUUAAGCGAAAAAACAUUUUAUUAGCUGUAAAUGGAUGUCGCAAAGUCUUUGUUUGGAUCCCGGGACCAUGAAGGAUAUGUGGGAAAGGAGGAACAUAUGAAAAAGCUCGAAACAGCUAACGGCGACGAUGACGGAGAAUUAGUUGAGUUGGGUGAAAGUUUGCACAUAUCGGAAGGGUUAGAACCAACAGCUGGAGGGCCGUUUUCAGCUUUGACACCUUCGAUGUGGCCCCAGGAUAUCCUCGCAAAACUGGGUCAACCCGAAACGAAUGAACCACCGAAUCAUCAACCUGAUUACAGAUUCGACGAAUUCGGCUUUCGUGUGGAGGAAGAAGAUGGCCCGGAGCAGAGUUCAAACAAGUUGCUCAGUAUUCCGUUUAUGGAGGAUCCAGCUCAGCGGCUGCAAUGGGUUGCCCAUUUGGAGUUUUCGCAUAAUAAGGAGGCUACUGAAUUGACGUGGGAUAAUGUGGAAGUAGUUCUGCCGCGAACAGAAAAACUUAAAAACAUGGUGCGGCUGGGAAUCCCACACUCGCUCCGUCCACAAAUGUGGAUGCGCUUGUCGGGGGCACUGCAGAAAAAACUCAAAUCAGAAACUUCGUAUCAGGAGAUUGUAAAAGUCUCAUCCAACGAUGCACUGAUGACUUCUAAACAGAUCGAAAAGGAUCUACUUCGAAUUAUGCCGACAAACGCCUGUUUCAGUUCGUUGACCAGCACGGGAGUCCCUAGAUUGCGCCGUAUCCUUCGUGGAAUAGCGUGGCUUUUUCCGGACAUCGGAUACUGUCAGGGAACGGGAGUGAUUGCCGCUUCGCUACUGCUACUGCUAGAGGAAGAAGAUUCAUUCUGGAUGAUGGCCACAAUCGUGGAAGACCUACUGCCUGCAUCGUACUAUUCGUCGACCUUGCUCGGUAUUCAAGCCGACCAGCGGGUGAUGCAAACGCUGAUCGGCAAUUAUUUGACCGUGGUCGAUGAAACGUUGAAGAGUCACGACAUUGAGUUGUCACUGAUUACGCUCCACUGGUUUUUAACAUUAUUCGCCAGUGUUGUUCAUAUGAAAAUUUUGCUACGAAUAUGGGAUUGGUUCUUCUACGACGGAUCGAUAGUGUUGUUUCAACUAACGUUGGGUUUGCUCAAGAUUAAAGAACCGUCGCUGAAAAAUCUUGAAAAUUCGGCUCAAAUCUUCAAUUCGCUGUCGGACAUUCCGGGUGAUAUCGACGAUGUCGAGUAUUUAUUUUCAAUCUCGCUGGAAGUGGGAGGAUCGCUAUCACCAAUGGUCAUUGAAACGCAUCGGCGGAGGCACUUGGCUUACCUCAUGGCUGAUCAGGGAGCGCUUGUAGGUAAUCCGGAGACGGGUUCCAAUUUACCCAAACAACAUUUAGCUCGCCGACAAGUAAAAAAGUCCAAGUCGAUGCUGCAGAUGAUUUUAUUUGGCACCGAUGAAGGCGAUGAUGAGCUUAAGAACAAAAAUAUUAGACAGACGGAAAUCCUAGUGGAUUUGCGAGAAGCCAUCCUGAAGGUGGCGAGACAUUUUUUGACGAUCGAACCUAAACUAAGUGCACACAUAAAGCUGGUGGCCGAUUAUACCAUGGACAGUCACGCGAAAGAUCAUGAGAAUUACAUUAACGUUUCAAGAACCAGAAGUCGCAGAGCAAAGGCACUGCACGAUUUCGAGAGACAUGACGACGAUGAGCUUGGUUUCAGAAAGAAUGAUAUCAUAACGAUUAUCAGUCAAAAAGACGAACACUGCUGGGUAGGUGAGCUAAAUGGGCUACGCGGAUGGUUCCCGGCUAAGUUUGUGGAAUUGCUAGAUGAGCGGAGUAAGCAAUACAGUUGUGCCGGUGACGAUGCCAUUUCCGAGACGGUAACCGAUCUAGUUCGUGGAACGUUAGCGCCUACUAUAAAACAGGUUCUGGAACAUGGAAUGAAACGGCCUACCUUUCUCGGAGGUCCGUGCCAUCCCUGGCUGUUCAUCGAAGAGGCCGCUACUCGUGAAGUUGAAAAGGAUUUCGAGUCCGUCUACUCGCGGUUGGUUCUGUGCAAAACCUACCGCUUAGACGAGGAUGGAAAAGUGCUCACCCCAGAGGAACUGCUAUACCGUUGCGUUCAAUCCGUAAACCAAAGCCACGAUGCCACUCAUGCUCAGAUGGAUGUAAAAUUGCGUUCCCUCAUCUGUUUGGGACUGAAUGAGCAGGUAUUGCACCUGUGGAUGGAGGUGCUGUGCAGUUGCUCGGACAUGGUUCAAAAAUGGUACCAACCGUGGAGUUUCAUCUAUUCGCCCGGUUGGGUUCAGAUCAAAUGCGAGCUACGGAUGCUCUCGCAGUUUGCCUUCAAUCUCAAUCCGGACUGGGAGUUACCGGCUAAACGGGAGGCCACCCAAAGCCAACCGUUGAAAGAUGGCGUGAGGGAUAUGCUGGUGAAGCAUCAUUUGUUCUCGUGGGAUCUAUAGAAUAAAGUAGCUAGCAAAUUGAAAAAUAUUCAACCUCGUUACUAAGUUAAGGUUUAGUAUUAUUAGAUUUUUUAUUGAUUAAUUUAUUUCGUGAACCUAAUUUUUUUGAUUUGUUAUUUAUUCAGAUGUUUUAUUUUUUAUUAUUUAACUCGUUAGUGUCUACUACUAGUGUCAGAGAAUUGAGUCUCUAACUGCCUGAUUUUAUUAAAAUUGCAAUUUAGAAACUGCUCAAGUAAACAGCUGGAUUGUAAUAGAAAUUUCUUCAAUUUCUGUUGUUCAUGAGUUCCGUUCAAAAAGUUACUACCUAACAAUUUAGUGUGUAAUAAUACAUAUUUAAUACGAUGUUGUACAUCAUUUUCGCAAAAGAAAAAACAUGCACUGUGGACAACAAGCAUGCGAUAAAAGCACCUUACAGAUUAGUAUCACGCAAAAACAUGUAUAUUUACUAAUAUCCUCAUCAAUUAUUGUACCUUCUUAAUAUGUACUAGUUUAGUAU